AUGCUUCCAACCGGACCACGACCGUGGCCCUGGAUCGGUAAUCAGAGCCUGAUCCGGGGUCUCAACUCCGGGUCAUCAAGGACGCUGAAGCACUUGACAAGAUAUGGUGAUAUUGCCACGAUUUGGCUCUCGCGAAGCCCAAUACUCGUGAUUAAUAGCCCACGCGCAGCUCACGAGCUCUUGCAUUCCAUGUCUUCCAAGACUUCAGAUAGGCCUAUCACGGUGCACCAUAGAGCAAAACUACUUCCUUGGAGCUUGGUACUAGCGCCAUACGGUGAACAGUUCCACCGUCUGAGGAAGAUAUAUCACCACCUUCUUGGACAGCAAGGUGCCAUGAUAUUUCGCCGAUGGAGCGAGGAAGAGACAUUAUUCAUGUUUAAAUCCCUUGCAGAGCGACCAGAUCAGGCACACUUUGAGUGUGACCGACAUGCCUUCAACGUCACAAUGCGCGUCAUCUACGGUGUGCGUUACGGUACGGAAGGGGACCAAAGGGUGCGCGAUACGUUUCAGUUGUGGGAGACAAUGUUUUGCUACUUUCUUCCAGGAUCAUUGAUAUUUGAUUAUUUCCCCUCCAUGUUGAAGCUUCCACCUUGGCUGCAGCCGUGGAUGUGGAUAUUCAGGGGCUUAAAGAGGCGAGAGCGCGGGCUUCACCUUAGACAUCUGCGCAGAAUCGAAGACCAUUAUCUGCAAAGUAAAAAGAAAUCCACCCCCAUCUCAGGCACCCCCUUUGCUAUGCAGCUUCUACGAAUGACGGACGGGAUGAACAUUGGCGAACAGGCAAUCAUCGAUGUCCUAAGCAUGCUUCUUGGUGCCGGCGCCGACACAAUCAGCUGUUUCAUGCAGCAGUUUUUGAAGGCGAUGGCCGUGAACCCGAAGGCAGCCGUUGCGGCCCAAGCUGAGAUUGAUUCUGUCGUGGGGGCAAAACGCCUUCCAAAUUGGGAAGACAACCCGAAUUUACCCUACGUACGAGCGCUGAUAAAAGAAGUUCAUCGCUGGGCUCCAUUCGCAGCAGCAGGAAUUCCGCAUUCGACAACUGAAGAUAUUACUUACGGCGACUAUGUGAUAUCCAAAGGCACAGUUCUUCUACCGAAUAUCCCGUCCAUCAUGCGAAACCAGGAGAGAUAUGUGGAGCCUGACAGGUUUGACCCAGCUCGAUUCCUGAACGAUGGCUCGGACUCGGCGACGUCUGCCCACAAUCCAGAUUGGUCAAAGCGAGACCACGUCCACUUCGGUUGGGGUCGUCGACUCUGUCCCGGUGUAUAUGCGGCUGACAUCUGCAUAUUCGUGGCGGUCACUCGUGUUCUCUGGAGCUUUGACAUCCAGCCUCACCCUGGGAUCCAGGUCCGCAUGGAAGACGUAUCAGAUGGGCUUCUGAAGAAGCCAUUGCCUUUCAGGCUACAAAUCAACUCCCGGGGUCCAGGAUACGACGAGAUAGUAGCACAGCAACUCGAGAUGUGUAGCACGGCUAACAAGGAAUAGAUCCUAUUGUAUUCAGCUGGGGAGGACUUUUGGUAUAAAUUAAUAGCCAACAGAAGUAAUAUAUCACUGGGCAUUGUUGAGUUGAUUACUUGCAUAAAUCAAACCUGGUGGUCGAUUGGUG